AUGCGUCAAUUCCAUCAUAACUGCUUAGAGAAAACUUCACGUCCACCGCAGGAUGCCGUUGCAUAUCAGCGAUUAAUUUGGCUCUUGGAUUCGCCUGACUGUGACAAGUUGGCUUUCGCUUUACCAAGCUUACUGCAAGAUGCCACUCGUACGUGGUAUCAGCGUAUGUGGCGCGCUAGCAUUUUCCAGCAAAACUUGUAUCAACUUGGAACCGCUGAAGUCGAUCUCGGUAUUUCCGAAGGCCCGCUGAGUUUAUUCCAAAGCGUGGAAACGAUGGCCUGUCUUAAUAUACUGAGCUCGGUUGAUAAGAUCUCUGUCGAUGCUUACGGAAGCGCGUUGCAACAGCUCAAAUCGUUGAAAGAAUACUUGGCCGUCAACGUCAAUGCAAAAGACAAACGAUGCCUGGAGAUAAUUAUGCUGGUUUCUAUGUCUCGUCAGCUACUCAAUGCUGGAGCUGAAUUGAUGGAUACCAACGUUUACCAAACUGUCUGCGAACGAUUGGAUCAGCUGUUGCCGCUGCUGCAAGGCUUGUACGAGUCCAACAUGUAUACUGUAGCUCGCUUAGGUGCUCUUUACGGUCAAGCGCUUGUUGUUCUCGAUCAGAUGAUCACCGUGCUUCAGCAAGUCAAGUUCAGUGCACUUUUUGUAGACGCUAUUUCGAAUAUUCUGCAAGCCAUCCAGCAUUACCGAAACGGUGAUGAUGCCAUGUUCUAUACUACCGCUGGCAAAUCCAGAGUGUUGCUCGGAUUGACAUUUUUGACGUCGUAUAUCCCUGACUAUCCUGUGGAUCCUACUUCGGAACCUCGUCUUCGCGUCAAUUUACUAUUGAAGAAACAACAGGAAUAUUCGGAUUCGAUCGAUGUGCGGACCAAAAUUGAAGAUAUUGCCACGGGUAACCACACAAAUGCUGCUAUUCGCUCAUCCGAAGUCAAGCUUGCCGCCGUCAACGAGGAGCUUGCCCAAAGUUCGACCACCUUUUCGCUUCGACCCGAGAAAUCGCAACUGGAAGAUAUCUUUGUGGACUUGCGCUACCUACAAAAGAGCAUGUUGGAUCAUAACGUCGAACAGCUUCUCAAGGAUUUGCAAGAACAUGGCGCGGAUUCGGUGUUGCAACGCGAAAAUUUGGUGCAAGGCAAUGCUCUCCAGUUCAUUGAACGUGUCCACUCAAAGUUCCCGCUCUACAGAGAUGUCUUGCAGCCAUUGAUUGUUGCUGUUGGUGACAUCAAGUACGGUUUGAGAAUCAUGACCUCUGCCCGCCGCAGUGAUAAACUGAACGAAAACCUGGCUUGCAUUACGGAACUUCUUGUACGCAAUCCCGAUGUCGGUCGUCGCGCCCGUGAUCUAAGAUGGCAUACGGUGGCAGAACCUGCUUCUCUGGAGCAAGUGAAGACCAUCAUUUUCAACCGAUCGUCCACCAGCCGCAAGUGGAUGUUUUACUUGCGAUUCCUUAUUGUUGUUCUGCAGCGCCUAACGAUCACGAUCAAUUCGCACGGAUAUAUUCAAGCUCAGGAUCUCACAGCAAUCAACGGCCUUUGUUCCGAAGUUGUUCGUGUAUGGAAGGAAGCUCAAGAAUACAAGCGUCAGCAAGAAGCUGAAAAGGAAUCGAUGUACAAGACCCGCGCAAAGAAGUACGAACCUUUGACCGAGGAAGAAUUGGAUGAAGCCGAUAUGAAGAAGAUGUUUGCCAACUUCAAUGAUGACUUUGCCGAUUUGACGAUCGAUGAUCAACAGCAGGGAACCGAGCCUGUUUCGGCAGCCCCGGGCGAUGUGGAAGAAGAAUCUGUCCUGGAUGAUAUCGAUAUCCAACGAAUUGGUCGUCUCCACGAAGUGAUCUUCAGUACUUACCAUCAAGAUGCCUGUUUGCGAACUGAUAAUACCUGGGAUCGUGAAGCAUGGCAGUCGUACAAUAUCGCGGGCCAAUUGCGUUCCAUGUCCACCUCUGCGUUUGACCUCGCUACUGAUUUCGUUUGCAACGCCGGUCAUCUUCGUAUGGCGUCGCUCGCACUUCGACGCCUUGAAACCGAAGAUUCAUUCGCCAUGACGAGUGACGAUAUCUAUGAUUUCUAUACAAGUGAAAAUAUCGCCGAAGCUAAGCGUGUGCAGCCGAUCAUCUAUCGAUUCAAAGCGCGUGUGCAACAAAUUGCUUCCGAAUGGCCUGAACAUGCUAUUCUUGAACAAUUGAUCAACAUUUCUGAUCGUCUGCUUGGUUUCUCGAUUGUAUCGCCUGUGGCGAAGUUCCUCAUCGGUGUUGAAUUAUUGCUGCAAAAAUCAGAAGAUUGGGAAGCCUAUGCUGCGAAGCACGUGUCCUUGAAGGAACAGCGCGAAGAGUUGAUUGCGUUGAUUGUUCGUUGGCGCCAACUCGAACUGAAUUGCUGGCCAAAGUUGUUGGCUGCUCAAGAACAGUACAGCCAAAAUGCGGCCUUCCAAUGGUGGUUCCAUCUGUAUGAUGCGGUCAACAACACGUCAUUCCAAAGUGGUGCUGAAGAAGAUGAUAAGAAGAAGACGCAGGAACUUUUGCAAGCCCUCGAUCACUUUAUUCAGUCUGCCUCUUUGAUCGAAUUCGAACCCCGUCUCACGAUGAUCAACAGUUUCUACCGUCAGUCCAAGGUUCAAGCCCAGCUCGCUUGUUCCGCCGAAGAAAAGGCGAACCACAGUACUGCCGCCACGAUCCUGCGCAAUGUGUAUCUGUACUAUUCUCAGUUCAAGGAUCAUGCUCGCACAAUGUUGGCACAGUUGCGCAAACCCAUUGAAAAGGAGCUGAAGGAGUUUGUCAAGAUUGCAAGCUGGAAAGAUGUCAAUAUUUAUGCCCUUCGACAGAGUGCUCAAAAGACGCAUCGUCAACUCCACAAGUGCAUUCGAAAAUACCGCGAAGUGCUAAACAAUUCCAUGUUGACGGUGAUUGCCAACUACAAUCAAGAGCACGCCAUGUUCCAAUAUGGCGAUGAAAAGCGCUACAAUGCUGAUAUCAAACACGGUUUUGCGGAUCAAUUGGGUCGAUCCAACUUAUGGCUCACGAAAACAUCUAUUCCUGUGACUGAAUCUGUGAUGAAUUUGGAUGAAUCGGUUGCGUUGAAGAAGCACUUGGCCAACCUGCCCGCGACACUGAACAGAAUGCGAUCGUAUUGUGGAUCUGACCUGUUCGUGACCGCCGAGCAACAGAAAGAAUUGCCUCUUGAAACGUUCAUGACGAACAUCAUUCAGCAAAUCAAGGAGUUCCAGAAGGAAACUCCUGCUAUUAUGACGGAUGAGAACAAGUCGCUUGUCAAGAACCAAAAGUUGUUAAAGAAGAAGGCGCUCGUGGACUUUCUGAAAGAAUUGCGCCGAUUGGGUCUCAAAUGGCGCGCCGGUACUCUUGUUGAACAAAAUGCGGAUACGUCGGCCCUGUUCCGUCAACAUGUGGCUUCGUUGGAUGCUAUAACGCAAAGCCGAGGUUUGCAGAAAGAGCCAUUGUCGACAUACAGCGUUGUUUCGCAAGAUAUGAUUGAUUUGUGGAACAAAGCCAACGAUUACUACUACCGUUGCAUUGCACGAUUGACUCACCUGCGCACCAUCAGCACUACACAAGUUAGCAAGGAUCUCUCCCUCUUGGAAGUGGAGCGUAGUAUGAGUGCUACGGAACAUAUGUUCUCGCUGGUUCUCAAGGAACGUACCAUUUUAUCGCGUAUGGAAGAGCGUAUACUCGUCUUGCAAGGUUUCUCGGUUCAAAUGGCUGCCGUUUAUGAUGCAACGACGAACAACAAGUCGAUCUCGGCCAACACUUCUCUUGGUUGUCGUUUGACCGCGCACAAGAUGGCCAUUGAUGAUCUUGUAUCGAUGUUGACCGAAGCGCUCGCCACCUUUACGGUGCAGGCCGAAUAUGAUGAAGUGAUUCGCUCCAUGGUGGUUCGUAUGCAAGCCAUCUGUACCACUGUCCAAAAGAUCCAGAAAGCCACCGAUAACUGUUACGUCCAACGCUAUCUGUUCCCUCGCGCUAGUACCGAUGUUGAUGUGGCGUUGCUGUCAGAAGAUGUCGUUGAAAUGAUGGACAUGCAAUGUCAGACCGUCCGAGAAAUCGAAUCGUCCUUGAUCGAAAUCGUGGACCAAGCUCAACAAUCAAGUCACAUCAUCUACCCGAUCAUUCAGUCCAUUGAAUCCAUCCGUACGGACGAGCCCAACAGCACUGUCCAGAAUGCAAGCGAUGACAUUUCUGUCUUGCAACUGCAACAAAAGGUCCAUUCAGUGAUUGAUGCCAUUUUGGUUGCGGUACAGGAUUUGAAAAAGUCAAAGUCCGAAAACGAUGCACCUGCUGCUUCAAAAGAACCAUCGAAGGAAGAAGAAGAAGAGGAGAACGACGCGGAUGAUAUGCCCGAAAACUAUAUCCGCUUGCAACAUCAAAAGCAGCAUGCAUUGGCCACAGCCCUGCAUACGGAUUUGAUCGCUAGACGGUGUGUGGAGAUUUUGAACCUUAUUUCGCCAAUCAUGAACAAGGCAAACGAAGCGGAUGCAUCCAGUGUAUCUCGCGAAAUCUCACGAUUGCUUCAGCAAGUGUAUCCAUUUGUUCAGCAAUACAUGCUUGUCGUACAGCAUACAUUGGGCGAAAUCGUUUUACAUCACAAAUCCAUGGCCAAACUUACCUACGCCUUGAUCAAUUCGUUCAGUGUGAUUAUCAGCAAGGGAUUCUGCAUGCCUGAAGGAGCGGCCGAUGAAGAAGAAGGUGAUGCCGAUGGCACCGCUACUGGUACUGGUAUUGGUGAAGGCGAAGGUACCAAAGACGUCACUGAAGAAAUCGAAGAUGAAGAACAAGUGCUCGGUACGCAAAAUGAAGAGCAACGCAAAGAUGAAAAGCAAGACACGAAGGAAGAAAAGAACGGCAUGGAGAUGGAGAACGAUUUCGAUGGUACGCUGGAGGAUGUGGAGCCCGAUGAGAACGAAGAUCAAGAUCAGGAAGAAGAUUCAGAAGACGAAGAAGAAGAAUUGGAUGAUGAGAUUGGUGACGUAGACGAUAUGGAUCCUGAUGCUGUCGACGACAAAAUGUGGGGUGAAGAAGGUGAAGAAAAUCUGAACGAAAGCGAUAAAACGGUCGAUCAGGCUCAGCCUCAAGGUCCCAAGGAAGCGGACAUCGUUGCAAAGGAGGAGGAAGAACAGCAGGAUCCCAGUAAGCAGGGCGAACAACCAGAGAAGUCUGAAGAACCGCAACGCGAAGAACAGCGGGAUCAGCAGAAUGAAGAUGAGCAAGGUGAAGGUGAGGGCGAAGAUAUGGAAGAAGAAGAUGAAGAAGGCCCCGAAAACCGACCAGGCGAUCAAUUCAAUGCCGAAGUACCCGAAGCGGAGACCUUAGACCUUCCUGAUGAUAUGAAUCUCGAUGGCGACGAAGACCAAGAAGGUGGAGAUAACGAACAGGAAGAAGAUUUCUUUGAUGCAAUGGAUACCGAGCAAGGCGGCGAAGGCGAUCAAAUGGAAGAAGAUGAAGAAGACGAAAACGAAAAGUAUGACGAUCCCUUGGAUCAUAUCCAAGAAGGCGAAGCGGAUGAUGCCCAAGCCGAGGAUGAGGAAAUGGCUGACACGACCGCGCAAAUGGAGAAAGACGAAACGGGAGAAGAUGAGAUGAAGACGGAAGGUGAAGAAGAAAAAGAAGAAGUUGAGAACGAAGAACAGCAGCCGGUCGGAGACGCUGAGCAAGGAGGCGGUACUAUUGAAGAAGAAGAAGACGAAGAAUCGGCGCUCGAUAACAAGGCCCAGAAUCGCGAACAACCUAACAGUGAUGCUACAGCGGAUAAUCAGUUUGGUGUUCAAGGCGAACAGGGCAAAGCAAGUAUGAGUUCGACUGGUCAAAAAGAAGGAGAAAAUGAAGCAUCCGAAACCGCUGAAGCCGAUAUGAAGCAAGAUGAACGUAGUGAAGAGAAGGGCGCCGCUCAACGGGGUGCCAAUCAGGCUCAGCAAGAAGAUGAAACCGGCGAUAAUGAAGAAGAAAAAGCAGAACCAUCCAAAGCCAAUCCUCAACGAAGUCUUGGUGAUGCGUUGGAAAGCUGGCGUCGACGACUAGCUGAUGUGGCAGACGCUGAAGACGAAGAUGAAGAAGAAGCUACGGAUGAUCAGCAGAAACAGGACGAGACCAAGGCCGAUGAAGCUCAAGUGAAUGAAGAUCAUGCUUUCGAAUAUGUCAAAAACGAUGAAGAAGCGCAUGAUAUGCAGACCAUGAGCAACGCAGCUGCUGAUCAAGUCCAAGAUCUGAAGAUGGGAGCGAUGGACGAAGAAAUGGAAGACACUGAGCAACAUGCAGGUGAAUCCGAAGACGUUCAACCUACAGAUCCCGAAGUCGACACCAUGCCGUUGGCGCGUGACACAUUAGAAAUGUCCGGUGAACGCGAUAUGGGUGGAGCGAUUCUUAGCAAACAAUUGCCGAACGAACGAAGCCUUGAAGAACCGGAUGUCUUGACUGUGGACGAGUCGGUGGUUGCCCAUCAACCGCUGGAAGAAGAAGAUAUCGAACGUAUGAGAGACGAAUUGGAGACGAAGGUGUCCGAAUGGCGUGGCGAAGGACGUGACAUCAACAAAGCUAGAGAACUAUGGCAAGGUUACGAGAACUUGACGCACGAUCUGGCCAUGGGACUUUGUGAACAACUUCGGUUAAUUCUUGAACCCACGUUGGCGACCAAGUUGAAGGGUGACUACCGUACCGGCAAGCGGUUGAACAUGAAGAAGAUUAUUCCAUAUAUUGCAAGUCAGUUUAAGAAGGACAAGAUUUGGUUACGACGCACCAAGCCUAGCAAACGUCAAUACCAAGUGAUGAUUUCUGUCGAUGAUUCAAAGUCCAUGUCCGAAUCUCACUCUGUUCAGCUUGCGUAUGAAACUCUAUCUCUUAUUUCCAAGGCGCUUUCUCAACUGGAAGUCGGUGAUAUCUCGAUUGUUUCGUUUGGUGAACGUAUCCGUUUAUUGCAUCCAUUUGAUCAACCUUUCACAUCUGAAUCUGGUGCUCAAGUCCUGCGACAAUUUACAUUUGCUCAACAGAAGACGUACGUCAAGAAUCUGGUGGAAACCUCCAUUUCCCUGUUUGAGAACUCUAAACGAUCCAGUGGACCCGGAAACGCCGAACUAUGGCAACUUCAAUUGAUUAUUUCCGACGGUAUUUGCGAAGAUCAUGAUACAUUGAAAGCUUUGGUUCGACGAGCGAUGGAAAAUCAAAUUAUGAUCAUCUUUAUCGUGGUGGAUAACAAGCCGGAAAAGGACUCAAUUCUCAACAUGACAAACGUGAAGUACACCACGGUGAACGGCAAGCUUUCAUUGCAAAUGACCUCUUACUUGGAAACUUUCCCGUUCAAUUACUUUAUGGUCUUGCGCGAUAUCAAUUCAUUGCCGGAAGCUCUAUCUGAUGCCUUACGACAAUACUUUAGCUUUGUUGCUGCCUAA